AUGACUCCCUCUAUGAGCUGGCGAGCCCUCGUGGCUAUCACCCUGACGGUUUCAGCUUCUGCAUAUCCCCAUCAAACAUACCCCAACCUUGUCCCACGUGCAGGAUGUCCCAUCCCUGACAUUUGCACCUGGGGCAGUUGCACCAACACCACUAUUGGUCUUGAUCCCCGAAACUGUGGAAAGUUUGGUAACUCUUGUGAGCCCUCAGAGAUCUGCAUUGCUGGUCUCUGUCUCCCGCUUGAUCUCGGUACAGAUGACUGUCCUACCGCAUGUAAGCCCGGUCAACUGUGCACCAACGGCGAGUGUGUCUCCAUCGAAAUCGCAAUUGAUCCUCUCAACUGUGGAGGAGAAUCCUGUGAUCCUUCAUCUCUCUGCAUCAACCAGCAAUGCCAAAAGAUCGAUAUCGGCUCAGAUCCUGCAUCUUGCGGCCCUUCCAAUACCAAAUGUGAUGCUGGAAGCUGGUGUCUAUACGAUACCUGCGUUCCCUUUAUCCUCGGUACCGACGUUCAAGCCUGCGAUGAGAGAACUUCAUGUUCUCUCGGUACAUCUUGCCAGGACGGAUACUGUCGACAAAUAUUCCUUUCGACCGAUAUAAACAGUUGCGGAGAAGAUUCCCAGGCCUGCACUGCUGGGCAAGUCUGCGUCUCUGGGCAAUGUAAGUCCCUUGAUGACGAAGAUUCAAACAAGAACUGCGACAGACCCUGUGAGCCUGGCUCAUGGUGCUUGGGUGGCGAAUGUGUACCGAUCAGUAUCUCGACGGAUACUUCUCAGUGCGGUAGUAGCGCAGAACCAUGUGGCAAGGGUCAAGUCUGCGUCUCAGGGCAGUGCAUUAGCGACCUAGUUCACCAAGAAAGCAUCCCCAGGACAGCUUGCAGUCCUUCUGUACGCCUAGGAGAAUUUCCUUUCGGGCCAGGGGGAUCCUCGGACCAGAACAACAAUGGGGGCGGUCGCGAAGGUUCUCCCAAUGGCGCCACGUCGGGACAGGACGGAAAUCAGCAAGGAGGAGACUCUACUUCGAACAACAACGGUUCUGGUAGCUCUCCUGGCGGCGCUUCAGGCGGAGGUGGUCAGACUCAAGGUGGCCAAGGUGGCCAAGGUGGCCAAGGCGGCUUCCCGGAUUCACGCCCGGGUUCACGCCCAGGCUCCAACUCUGGCUCUGGUAACAAUCAGGGUGGCCCCGAUAACCUUGGCCCAGGUCGUCCGGGCCCAGGCGAGGAUGGAAAUGGGUUUCCAUCUUCAGCGUGCGAGCCAGAGUGCGCAUCGAACUUCAUCUGCGUCAGCGGAGAGUGCCUUUCAGUUUCGGACCCCUUAUCCUGCGGACCCUCUACCAACCUCAACCGUCUCUUCCAUCGGCAAAACGCUGUAUGUCCACCAGGUUAUGCCUGUAUCGACGACCGCUGCGUUCAAGUAGAUGGGCCCAUCAGCUGCGGCGGCUCUAUCUGCCCUGCCAACUAUGCCUGUAUCCAGGAGGCGUGCGUCCCUCUCGGGGAUCCCACCGACUGUGGUGGUGAGACGUGUGCCAGCGACGAGAUCUGCCUGGGUGAUACCUGUGUAUCGAACCCGGCCUUGGCAAGCUGCAUUGGCGUCGUUUGCCCUCCCGGACAGGUAUGCCAGAACGGAGACUGUGUUGCCAUUGGUUCGCCUGGUGCAAACGGUAACCCUCAAGGCAGCGGCGGCCGACCUGGCGGUAAUGGUGGUUCCAAUGGAGGCAAUAACGGUGGUGCCAAUGGAGGAGGCAGCGGUGCCACUCCCGGCAAUGGCUCUGGCGACGGCAAUGGCUCUGGCGGUUCUAAUGGAGGCGGCGGAGGAUCUGGUGGUGGUGGUUCCAACAAUGGGGGAGGCAACGGUGCCUCUCCUGGCGAUGGCUCAGGCGAUGGCUCAGGCAAUGGAGGUAAUGGCAAUGGAGGUAAUGGUAACGGAGGCUCCGGCAACGGUGGUAGUGGCAAUGGGGGCACAGGUGGUGGAUCCAACAGGGGAUCACCAGGCGGUAAUGGUGGUUCUCCUGGUGGUGGCUCUGGGAACGGACCAGACAGCGGCAACCCGGAAGGAAACGGGGGCCGACCUGGACCGGAUCUUGGUGGUGACGGCUCUUCUACUGGUAACGGUGGUGGAGAUGGUGGUGCAGCUGUAACCUCACCACCCGCAGGUACUGCUACGCGCUCGGGGGCUGGCAAUCUUCCAGGUUCAACAGCAUCCAGUGCUGAUGCCAGUGACGACGCGCCGAUUGUCAAUCCUGGCCCUGGCACGACUGGCGCCGAUGGACUCUCAGCUUCAACCACUAGCAUUCGAGGUCGUCCCGAUGGUAACGGUGGCUCAACUGGUUCAGAUGAGGGUGGCGGCGGUUCUCCUACGGAGACCAACGCUGCCACAUCUGAUGCCGGGCCUAUUGUCGGCCCUGGAUCUGAUUCAACAUACAUUUCGGAUGCCAGCACGAGAGUGACAGGCGGUGCAGAAGGUGGCGGCGGCUCUGAGAUUACGCUCAGUGGAACUGCUUUGCCCACUGACACCGACGGGGGGUCUCCUACCGACGGCGGUAGCUCCGCGGCCGGAGGUGCCGGUACCGAUACGACAGACAUUAACAACCCCGGUGGGCCGACUACUGACGGAAGUGGUAUCUCAGCUUCUGAGACUGGUGCCACUGGUACCGGUAUUGAUGGACAGACAGAGACAGCCUCCACUACUCAAGCGGCAACUGCAGUGCCAACGGAAACUACACCAUGCUCUACAGACGAUGAUUGUCUUCUCAAUGUCGCCCUUUGUGUUUUCAACGGCCUCAACAUCUGUACUUGCGUCGACGGAGUCUGCACGCAGCAGCCCGGAGGACCUGAAGGUUCAGGAGUCACCGGUUCUGACCUUGGAGCCUCAACUUCAGGCAACGGCGAGCCAACUGAUGGUGCUGGGUCGACAGUUACCGACGGUGCUGGAGAGACUGCUACUACAACAGGAGACCCAGCUGCGACAUCGUCAGUAUCGUGUUCCACGGAUGACGACUGUCUGACCAAUGCUGUCUUUUGCUCAGAUGGCUUGCUCAACCUAUGUAUCUGCGUCGAUGGCAUUUGUGUUCUUGACCCAACUUUAGCUUCGACCACUAAUGCCAACAACGGACAGACGACCACUGUCCAGGAUGCUACUACUACCGAUGCAGAGGCAGCCGCAACAUCGUCAGCUGUCGCUUGUACUACAGAUGAUGACUGCUUGGCUGACAUCGGCCUCUGUGUCGAUGGCUUGCUCAACCUAUGCAUCUGUGUAGAUGCUAUUUGUGUUCUUGAUCCAACUUUAGCUUCAACCACUGAUGCCAACAACGGACAGACAACGACCGUCCAGGAUGCUACCACGACGGAUGGAGAAGCAGCCGCAACAUCAUCGGCCGUUGCUUGUGAUACGGACGCUGACUGUUUGGCCGACCUAGGCCUCUGUGUUGAUGGGUUGAUCAAUCUAUGCAUCUGUGUAGAUGCCAUCUGCAUUGUCGAUCCAACCUUAGCCACAACAUCUGGUGCUGAUAAUGGACAGACAACUACAGACGCUGGUGCUACGACCACAGAAGAAGCACCAGCAGCGACAUCGUCAGCAGUGGCCUGUACUUCGGGUGAUGACUGCUUGGUUGAUGUUGGUCUUUGUGUAGACGGUCUACUCAAUCUAUGCCUUUGCGUAGAUGCUGUCUGCAUUCUCGAUCCAGCGUUAGCCACUACUACUGCUGAUGCUACUGGCACAGCGACUCAGCCAGCUCCAACAGAGACCACUGCAGUUGCCUGCUCCACAGCCGAUGACUGCACUGUCAAUGUAGACCUCUGUAUCAUUGGAGGGCUCAACCUUUGUGUCUGCCUCAACGGAGUUUGCGUUGCUGAUCCAGGCGGUCAAGAAACAACCGCUACGAACCCUACUGCGACGAACACGGGACCAGGAGCUACUUCCACAGCUAUAGCUUGCUCUACGGCUGAUGAUUGCGCUGUUGACGCGGAUCUGUGCCUCGAUGGAUUGCUCAACCUUUGCGUCUGUCUCAAUGGCGUCUGCGUUAAUCCUGGAGGAGGCAACGAUCAGACAACUACAGAGACUGGAGCUGGAGGAGGACCUACUACAGCACCAGUGGCUUGUACCACAGCUGAUGACUGUCUUGCUGAUGCUGAUCUCUGCUUGGACGGCCUGCUGAACCUGUGUGUCUGCCUCAACGCUGUUUGCGUCGUAGCAAACCCUGGAGGUGAUCCGACUGAAACAACUGAUCUGCCGCCUGCAAACACUAGAACACCGUGUGCCACCAACGGUGAUUGCACAGCGAAUGCGGCACUCUGUCUAGACGGCUUGCUCAAUAUUUGCGUUUGCCUCGAAGGCUUAUGUAUCGUCAAUCCCGUUGUCAAUCCCACUGAAACGACUGCUCCUGCACCAACCGAGACUGCGACGACUUCUUGCAACACUGCCGACGACUGUACUGCGAAUGCUGGUCUCUGCCUAGACGGGCUUCUCAAUAUUUGUCUCUGUGUCAAUGCAGUUUGUGUGGCAUCACCAGGCGGUGGCGGUAACAAUGGCGACCCUUGCAAUGACGAUACUGAUUGUACUGCUGCCGGAGCUAUAUGCCUUGACAGUGGUGUUUGUGGACCCGACCCAGGAAAUACACCAACUUCCUGUACUACAGCAGACGACUGCACUGCCAACGCCGCUCUCUGUUUGGACGGCUUGUUGAAUCUCUGCGUUUGUCUCAAUGCUGUCUGUGUACAAGCCGGUAAUGGCGGCGGGGACGGUGAUACCUGCACAGACGAUACUGACUGUACUACGGCUGGAUCUAUCUGUCUUGACAGCGGCGUCUGUGGACCCGAUCCGGGCAACAACCCAACUUCAUGUACCACUGCAGAUGAUUGUACGGCAAACGCUGGCCUUUGCCUCAACGGACUUCUCAACAUCUGCGUUUGUCUCAACGCUGUCUGCGUACAAGCCGGAGGGGGCGGAGGAGGAGGUACUGGCGACGCGUGCACCGGCAACGCUGACUGCAUCACCGCAGGAGAUGUAUGCACCAACGGCGUAUGUACAGCAGCAGGAGGCGGGGGUACAGACGCUUGUGUUGACGCCAACGACUGUCUCCUCUCGGUCAAUCCUCUUUGCGCUCUUGGUCUUUGUGUCUGCGUCGAUGCAGUCUGUGCUACAUCGCCCGACGUUGAUGAGUGUACCUCUAACGCAGGCUGUAGUACGGGUGCUACAUGUCAGAAUGGUGUUUGUGUCGACAACACUGAUUGCACUGGUGCGGCUGAUUGUCUUGCUAACCUUGAUCUUUGUGUUUUGCCGGGAGUUUGUGCUUGUGUCAAUGGUGUCUGUGGACUCGUUGGUAAUGGACCUACGCCGGAGUGCGCUGCUGCUGCAGAUUGUCGAACUCUACCGAGGUGUCGUCUAGGAUUGUGCCUUUGCGUGGCUGGACAGUGUAUUCUUGGAUAA